CUAGCAUGGUUUUAUAAGUGAAUCGUGUAGUCUACAGUUGAAAUAAAAUUCCGAAAGAAUGACUUCCAAUGAAUCCACGGAGGCGGAGAAGAAUCCCUACGCGUACCUCGACAGAGACGAUUUCACGUCAGAGAAGUACAAAAUUGAGAUCCGCGGUUUACCAAAAUAUUAUGGGAUAGGUGAAUUCAAAAAGCUUCUGAACGAGAAGCUUGAGCUGCAGACAUGCAAGGUGAAGCCACCAAGAAAGGGCAGUGGCUGGCUCUAUGUGUCUUUCAGAAGCGAAGAGAACCGCCAGAAGGCUAUAGAAAAAUUGAAUGGAACUCUAUGGAAAAACUCUAAACUUACUGCCCAGAUUGCUAAACCAGCCCCGGAUCCAUUUGUAAAGCGAAAAUUAGAGGAAAAUGCAAACAAGCGUUUGAAAACAGAUGACAAUGAACAUAUUUCUAUCGAAGAUAAAGUUAAAUCCACUACCAUACCUCUGUGGAAUACACCUUAUCCCGAUCAAUUGGAGCUGAAGCAAAAGGAAAUGAAAUCUAUUCUGACCAAUAUUUGCAAGCAAAUGUUAAGAGAGAGUAAAGGUGAUCUGCUAGAUUGGUUGAAUUACCAGAAGGACAAGUAUCAAGGAAUACCUUGUGAACUCCUUCCAAUUCUUAGCACAGAGAAGACCACGGAAUACAGAAACAAGUGUGAAUUCACAGUUGGUAGAAGCAAUAACGAAGACAAAGCUGUAAUAGGAUUCAGGCUGUCCAGUUACGCCGCUGGUUCUACAGCGGUUGGUCCGAUAGACGAUCUCUGUCACAUUCCUAGUAAAAUGAAAACCGUGGUCAAAGUACUGGAAGAAUUCAUUCGGAAUUCCGAUCUGAAACCGUUCCAACCGGUCGAUCACAGCGGUCACUGGCGGCAAGUUACCGCCAGAGCUACGCUUUCCGGGGAUCUGAUGGUAAUGGUUGGGAUCCAUCCUCAAGAUUUACCCUCGGACAAAUUGGAGGAAUUGAAGUCGCAAUUGAAGGACUUUUUCGAAACUGGAAAUGGCGCGGAAGCAGGCGUCACAUCCUUACAUUUCCAAGUGAUGAAUAAAAAAAGCGUCGACGGGGAGACCGGUGACAACAUUUCUCACAUCGCCGGCUCGAAGUACAUAGAGGAGACUCUGCUAGGCAUGAAGUUCCGUGUGUCUCCGCAGGCGUUCUUCCAAGUGAACACGUUGGGCGCCGAAGUGCUUUACAAAGCAGCGAUCGAUUUGGCGAAACCUAGCUCGGACACUGCGUUACUCGACAUCUGUUGCGGCACAGGAACGAUCGGUCUUGUGUUCUCCAAGCACUGCGGCGAGGUGUUCGGUUUGGAGCUGGUGGAGGACGCAAUCAAAGAUGCGAGGGAGAACGCGGUCGCGAACAACGUGACAAACUGCGAGUUUUUCGUCGGGAAAGCAGAGGAUAUCUUGUACCCGGUGAUUCGUAGAGCCACGAAACAAGACAUCGUCGCUGUCGUGGAUCCUCCUCGAGCUGGACUUCAUCAUCGAGCUCUGUUGACUCUACGGAAAGCGAGAAAAUUGUCUAGGCUGGUCUACGUGUCCUGCGAUCCGAAAGCUGCCGCGAGGAAUCUGGUCGAUCUGGCCAGACCUCCAUCGAAGCAAUACGUCGGCGAACCUUUGGUGCCUGUCAAGGCUGUUGCCGUUGAUAUGUUCCCGCACACGAAGCACUGCGAAUUGCUGUUGUGCCUGGAAAGGCUGUCCGUGGCGAUGAAAGAGCGCGAAUCCAGUUAGUACCGCAGGCUCUGAUAGAUUUAUCGUAUAUGGAAUUCGGAAAUUGCCAUCAAACAAGUGGUACAAGAAGUACCGAUUCCUCGUUUUUUUUUUAUAAUCAUAAGAAUAUCGUGUUACGAAUGCUGAUUGGAAGAGCGCAGCUACAAGUUCUCGAAAGGGCCUGGAAGUCGCGAGUUCUCGAACAGCAGCCUUUUAUUUGUUGUACUCGUUGGACCCCG